UCGUUUCGAGAUUUCUCUCUCGUGAGGGAAAUUGAUCUGCGAGAUCUCUCUCAUCGCAGUGCACACAGAUCUCUCUUCCACUCCAGAAAAACGGUACCAAAAUUUGAAUACUGAUAAUAACAACAAACAAACUGUUAAUUCAAUACUUAAUAAAGAACAUUUUGAGUCAAACUAAUUUCAAUUAGGGUUUUUAUUCUUCAAUUAUUGUUCCUGUUUCUGAUUAACUUAGAAAAAACUGAUCGCCGAAGUAAAUCAAAAUGGAUAUGAGAUUUCCUUACUCGCCGGCGGAGGUGGCCAAAGUCCGCGUGGUGCAGUUCGGCAUACUCAGCCCCGACGAGAUUAGGCAAAUGUCCGUAGUGCAAAUUGAGUUUAGUGAAACGACGGAAAGAGGAAAGCCUAAGCCAGGUGGCUUAAGUGAUCUUAAGCUUGGUACAAUUGAUAGGAAGAUGAAAUGUGAGACUUGCACUGCUGCUAUGGCGGAGUGUCCAGGUCAUUUUGGUCACCUGGAGUUAGCCAAGCCUAUGUUUCAUAUAGGCUUUUUGAAAACGGUGCUCAGCAUAAUGCGAAGUGUUUGUUUCAACUGUUCCAAGAUUUUGGCUGACGAGGAAGAACACAAAUUUAAGCAAGCCUUAAAAAUAAAGAAUCCCAAAAACAGGCUUAGAAAGAUUCUUGAUGCCUGCAAGAGUAAGACUAAAUGUGAAGGUGGGGAUGAUAUAGAUGUUCAAGGUCAAGAUACCGAUGAACCAGUGAAGAAGAGUCGUGGUGGGUGCGGUGCUCAGCAACCAAGGCUGACUAUUGAAGGGAUGAAGAUAAAUGCAGAGUACAAGGCACAAAGGAAGAAAAAUGAUGACCAGGAACAACUACCCGAGCCUGUGGAAAGAAAGCAGACACUUACCGCAGAAAGGGUCCUUGGCGUUCUGAAAAGGAUAAGUGAUGAUGAUUGCCGCUUGUUAGGAUUUAAUCCAAAGUAUGCUCGUCCGGAUUGGAUGAUUCUGCAAGUCCUUCCAAUUCCACCACCUCCUGUGAGGCCCUCUGUGAUGAUGGAUACGUCCUCUAGGAGUGAGGAUGAUUUGACUCAUCAACUGGCAAUGAUUAUUAGGCAUAAUGAAAAUUUGAGAAAGCAGGAGAAGGGUGGAGCACCUGCACACAUCAUAUCGGAGUUUGCCCAGUUAUUGCAGUUUCAUGUAGCUACAUAUUUUGACAAUGAAUUGCCAGGGCAGCCAAGGGCUACACAAAGAUCUGGGAGGCCUAUUAAAUCCAUUUGCAGUAGGCUCAAAGCCAAGGAAGGCCGAAUUAGGGGUAACCUGAUGGGGAAACGUGUGGACUUUUCUGCACGUACUGUCAUUACUCCAGAUCCUAAUAUCAAUAUAGACCAGCUUGGUGUGCCUUGGAGUAUUGCACUAAAUCUGACCUAUCCAGAAACUGUUACUCCAUAUAACAUAGAAAGGUUGAAGGAGCUUGUUGAGUAUGGACCACAUCCUCCACCUGGUAAGACUGGUGCAAAGUAUAUCAUAAGGGAUGAUGGUCAAAGACUUGACCUUCGAUAUUUGAAGAAAAGCAGUGAUCACCAUUUGGAGCUUGGUUACAAGGUGGAGAGGCAUUUGAAUGAUGGCGACUUUGUGCUCUUUAAUCGUCAGCCAAGUCUUCAUAAAAUGUCUAUCAUGGGCCAUAGAAUCAAAAUUAUGCCAUAUUCAACAUUCCGUUUAAACUUGUCUGUUACUUCACCAUAUAAUGCUGAUUUUGAUGGUGAUGAAAUGAAUAUGCACGUUCCUCAAUCAUUUGAAACUAGAGCAGAAGUGUUAGAGCUGAUGAUGGUUCCCAAAUGCAUUGUAUCACCUCAAGCAAAUCGUCCUGUGAUGGGAAUUGUCCAGGAUUCGCUUUUAGGAUGUCGUAAAAUUACCAAGAGGGACACCUUCAUAGAGAAGGAUGUAUUUAUGAACAUAUUGAUGUGGUGGGAAGAUUUUGAUGGGAAAGUUCCUGCUCCUGCAAUUCUGAAGCCGCGCCCAAUUUGGACUGGGAAACAAGUUUUUAACCUUAUCAUCCCAAAGCAGAUAAAUCUUAUUAGGACUUCAGCGUGGCACGCGGAUACUGAAAGAGGAGUUAUUACUCCAGGAGAUACUCUGGUUCGAAUAGAAAAGGGAGAGCUGCUAUCUGGAACUCUUUGCAAGAAAACUCUUGGAACUUCUACUGGAAGUCUUAUACAUGUCAUUUGGGAAGAGGUUGGUCCAGAUGCUGCUCGUAAGUUUUUGGGGCAUACACAAUGGCUUGUGAAUUAUUGGCUGUUGCAAAAUGGUUUUAGCAUUGGAAUAGGUGAUACAAUUGCUGAUGCAUCAACUAUGGAGCAAAUCAAUGAUACUAUCUCGAAUGCAAAAAAUAGAGUAAAGGAACUUAUUAGGCAAGCCCAAAACAAAGAAUUGGAGCCAAAACCCGGACGAACAAUGAUGGAAUCAUUUGAAAAUGAAGUUAACACGGUGUUAAAUAAAGCUCGUGAUGAAGCGGGAAGCAGUGCUCAGAAGAGUUUGUCUGAGAGUAACAACCUUAAAGCCAUGGUUACUGCAGGCUCAAAAGGGAGUUUCAUUAACAUAUCACAGAUGACUGCUUGUGUGGGGCAGCAAAAUGUUGAGGGUAAGCGAAUACCAUAUGGGUUCAUAGAUCGAACAUUGCCUCACUUCACAAAGGAUGACUAUGGGCCAGAAAGUCGUGGGUUUGUGGAGAACUCAUAUCUGCGGGGUCUGACCCCUCAGGAGUUCUUCUUUCAUGCUAUGGGUGGUAGAGAAGGUCUUAUAGAUACUGCGGUUAAAACUUCUGAGACUGGGUACAUCCAACGGCGGCUAGUGAAGGCUAUGGAGGAUAUCAUGGUUAAAUAUGAUGGAACUGUUAGAAAUUCACUUGGGGAUGUCAUUCAGUUUCUGUAUGGAGAGGAUGGCAUGGAUUCUGUUUGGAUAGAAUCGCAGAAGCUGGACUCACUAAAAAUGAAUAAAUCAGAGUUCGAUAGGGUCUUUAAAUAUGAACUUGAUGAUGAAGAUUGGAAUCCUAAGUACAUGUUAGCAGACCAUGUUGAAGAUUUGAAGAGUAUCCGCGAAUUGCGCGAUGUGUUUGAUGCUGAGGUUCAAAAGCUGGAAGCAGAUCGAUUCCAGCUUGGGACGGAGAUUGCAACCACAGGUGACAGUUCAUGGCCAUUACCGGUUAACCUCCAAAGGCUUAUCUGGAAUGCACAGAAGACUUUUAAGGUAGACAAGAGAAAGAAUUCUAACAUACAUCCUAUGGAAGCUGUUGAAGCUGUGGAUAAGCUGCAAGAGAGAUUGAAAGUUGUUCCAGGGGAUGAUCUGCUGAGUGUGGAAGCCCAAAAGAAUGCUACUCUUUUCUUUGGAAUCUUACUUCGCAGCACUCUUGCCAGCAAAAAGGUGUUGGAGGAAUACAGGCUUAGCCGUGAAGCCUUUGACUGGGUUAUUGGUGAAAUUGAAUCAAGGUUUUUGCAAUCUUUAGUAGCACCAGGUGAAAUGAUUGGAUGUGUUGCUGCACAGUCAAUUGGAGAGCCUGCUACUCAAAUGACACUCAAUACCUUUCACUAUGCUGGUGUCAGUGCUAAGAAUGUGACCCUCGGUGUUCCCCGGCUGAGAGAAAUUAUUAAUGUAGCUAAGAAAAUCAAGACACCUUCUCUUUCUAUCUUUUUGGUUCCAGAAAGUAACAAAACCAAGGAGAAGGCUAAGAAUGUUCAGUGUGCUUUGGAAUACACUACUCUACGGAGUGUUACGCAAGCUACAGAAGUAUGGUAUGAUCCUGAUCCUGUUAGUACCAUUAUUGAAGAGGACGUUGAUUUUGUAAAGUCAUAUUAUGAAAUGCCCGAUGAAGAGAUUUCACCAGAAAAAAUCUCUCCUUGGUUGCUUCGAAUAGAGUUGAAUCGUGAAAUGAUGGUUGAUAAGAAGCUUAACAUGGCUGAUAUUGCUGAAAAGAUUAACCUGGAAUUUGAUGAUGAUUUGACUUGUAUAUUUAAUGAUGACAAUGCUGAGAGGCUGAUUCUACGCAUCCGUAUCAUGAAUGAUGAAGCCCCUAAAGGGGAGCUGAAUGACGAGUCGGCCGAGGAUGAUGUUUUUCUGAAAAAGAUAGAGAGUAACAUGCUGACUGAGAUGGCUCUUCGAGGUAUUCCAGAUAUUAACAAGGUUUUCAUCAAACAAAGUAAAGUGAGCAAAUUUGAUGACAUUGAAGGAUUUAAGACAACAGAGGAGUGGAUGCUGGAUACUGAGGGUGUUAAUCUACUAGCUGUUAUGUGCAAUGAAAAUGUUGAUUCGAGGAGGACAACCAGCAAUCAUCUGAUCGAAGUUAUUGAAGUUCUUGGUAUAGAGGCUGUUCGUCGUUCCUUGCUGGAUGAGUUGAGGGUGGUCAUAUCUUUUGAUGGAUCUUAUGUGAAUUAUAGACAUCUGGCUAUUUUGUGCGAUACCAUGACCUACCGUGGGCAUUUGAUGGCAAUCACUCGACAUGGUAUUAACCGAAAUGAUACUGGGCCAUUGAUGAGAUGCUCAUUUGAAGAGACAGUGGAUAUUCUGCUCGAUGCUGCUGUGUAUGCUGAAACAGAUCAUUUGAGGGGUGUUACUGAAAACAUAAUGCUUGGUCAGCUUGCUCCAAUCGGCACCGGAGACUGUGUGUUGUAUCUCAAUGAUGACAUGCUGAAGAAUGCUAUUGAGCUUCAGCUCCCAAGUUAUAUGGACGGUCUGGACUUUGGCACGACCCCCGGUCGCUCUCCAGUCUCGAUGACUCCUUAUCAUGAUGGUAUGAUGUCCCCAAGUUACUUGUUUAGCCCAAAUCUCCGCCUGUCGCCGAGCACAGAAGCUCAGUUUUCCCCUUAUGUUGGUGGAAUGCCGUUCUCUCCUGCGCAAUCUCCAGGCUACACCCCAUCAUCCCCUGGAUACAGCCCUUCAUCCCCGGGCUAUAGCCCUACUUCACCUGGCUAUAGCCCUACAUCACCUGGCUAUAGCCCUACGUCCCCUGGCUAUAGUCCUACUUCACCCACUUACAGCCCAAGUUCUCCCGGCUAUAGCCCAACUAGCCCUGCUUAUUCUCCUACCAGUCCAUCGUAUUCCCCAACAUCUCCCAGCUACAGCCCUACAUCUCCCAGCUACAGCCCUACAUCUCCCAGCUACAGUCCGACCUCACCCAGUUACAGUCCGACCUCGCCCAGUUACAGUCCCACAUCACCUGCAUACAGCCCUACCUCACCUGCAUACAGCCCUACCUCGCCGUCAUACAGCCCCACCUCUCCUUCCUACAGCCCCACAUCACCCUCCUAUAGCCCCACUUCUCCCUCCUACAGCCCAACUUCUCCUUCAUACAGCCCUACCUCUCCUGCUUAUAGCCCCACAUCCCCAGGGUACAGCCCAACCUCUCCUUCAUACAGUCCCACAUCACCAAGCUAUAGCCCCACCUCACCAAGUUUCAAUCCUCAAUCUGCCAAAUACAGUCCAUCCAUUGCUUACUCGCCUAGCAGCCCAAGGUUGCCACCUUCCAGUCCUUAUAGUCCCACUUCUCCAAAUUACAGCCCUACUUCACCAUCAUAUUCACCAACAUCUCCAACAUAUUCCCCUUCAAGCCCGACAUAUAGUCCAAGCAGCCCUUACAAUUCUGGUGUUAGCCCUGAUUAUAGCCCAAGUUCUCCACAAUUCAGUCCAAGUGCUGGGUAUUCACCAAGUGCACCUGGGUACUCGCCUUCAUCAACAAGCCAAUACACUCAGCCAAGUGCAAAGGAUGACAGGACUGGUGAAGUGGACAGGAAUACGAAAGACAAAAAGGACGAUAAGAGCAGUAGAUGAGAUAUUUCAUGAGUUGUAUUGCUGAGGAUUUGUGGAGAGAUGGCAGAGUUCAGAGCCAAAACUUUCGAUUAUGGGCAAACUGCUCAAGUGGAGCAGAAGUAUUUUCACUGAUUUGUUUGCAGCUUCUUUAUCAUUUGCACAUUUGAACUUUGUAGUGUAAAUGGUUACCCAUAAACAAAUAGGGUUGCAAAUUAUAAUUGCUUAAUCUGUUGUAAUUAUAUGAACUUGUACAUGUUUUAUUUUCCCGCUUGUAAAAUCAUAAUUCAGGUAGUUAUUAAAUCAGUUAAAAGGGUGUUUAUCAUUUGGAGGUAA